AUGUGCAUUGUCUCUUUUAGGUGUCGAUACGGAGCCAGCGAGUUGCAUUCUGUUGCAGCCUUUAUUGGAGGUGAGACAAGACACAGAUUGUGCCAAAAAAUGCUUUUGAGGGAAGGGAAAAAAACAAAAUUGCAAAAAAAAUGUCUCCUGAAACGGUGUCUUUUCGAAAACUCAUACCCCUGCUUACGCCCCACUGUUGGAUUAGUAGGAAAAUCUGCUGAGUUGUACGGGACAUUUUAUAUUUAGGUGCAACCCACCUCGUCAUAUUUUCUGGAAAAUCAUGGGCAAGAACAAGUAACAGAUACAAACUUGAAAUUCAGUUUAAAAAUGCUUUCAUCAGUCGCAGCAUCUGAUUUUAACUUGACAUUCCAGUUUCUAAGAAUAUCUACUCGAAUACACUUUUUGGGCGCAAGAUUUGUAAUGUAAAAUAGUACAGGAGGAUAUAAAUAUUGUCCUUAGUUUUCCUGUUACCACUUGACAUUAGUGAGUUUACGCAACAGGACGGCAGGAAAAAGAGGACAGCAAAAUGUUUGUGGGUGACAAACGUGACAGGGCUAUAACUUGCAUGUUAUGUCGUGAUCUUCACUUUAGCAUUAAUGUUUUCGGGUUUUUACAAAAAGAUUUGUUUAAAGGAAAGUGAUGUUUGGCGAAAAGUUAUUUCAAGCAAAAUUAUUGUCACGGUUGUCACACAAGGUCUGACAUCUUCUUUCCUCUCCCGUCCUGUUGCGUAAGUUCACUAUUAUCUUUCAAGGUUGUUCGUGGCAACAGUACGAUGCUAAGAUUAUUUGUGAAGCUAUAGGUCUCUUUUCGCGUAUGAAAUGGACAUUUUUAAUAUUCGCCACAUAGAAACGAGAAGGGAACUGGAGCCGAAAUGUGGCCUGCAAUUGUUUCGUUAUCGGAGACACGCCGAUCAGCUGUAAGAUCAGCUGUUGUUCGAUUGGCUAUUUUAUCCCCGUGUACCCAGAAGUCUUUGCGAACGUUAAAUCGGCCCAGAUUCCUUCUGGCAGCUCUCCUAACCCUAAAAGCCAACUGGUUCGAUACCCUAACCGUGAAACAAUGGGAAGUAAUGAUAAACAAUGAUGUGUUAUUGUUUUCUGCGACCAAUGAGGAAAACACCUUACGAGCAGCUCCUACACUGCUGUUCCUUCUCGUAUCUGAAAUGGAGAAUUAACGUCGUUUUUUUAUAUUUAUUGCUCAGGUGCGGCAGCCCAAGAAAUCGUAAAGCUUAUCACUCACCAGUUUGUCCCGUUUAACAACACGUACAUCUACAAUGGGAUCACUGGAUGUUCAACGACUCUCUGUCUCUAA